UAUUGAAUUUCGCUAUUUCAUAAACUCAUUUAUUUUAAUAUCUAUCAAUGAAAUAUUUUCCUUUCCAUUUCAAACAUUUUUAUAAGUAAAUAUAAAAAUCUACAUCCAAUCUAAAUCUACGUUUACAUGGAUUAUUAAUGAUAAUUAACAUUUUAACAAACUUGAAUAUUAUGGCAAUGUUGAACUGGCAUUUGUCUUGAUGACAUUGACAAUUAAUUUGUCAAUACUGGCGCAUUGCUGUUUGUUUCAAAUGCGAUGUUAUGAUGUGUUUGUUGAAUUUGAAGUUAUUUUAUUCAUCUGGUGAUACGUUGAGUUUGGCAACCGUUCCUCCGUAGCCCAAAUUGGUAUUAUUGGCAUCAUUGUUGUGACAAUUGCGAAAAGACACUUAUUUACAUUAUUUUGUGCAGUGUGUUGUUAUUUGUCGCGAUGAUGAAUUUACAGUGUAUUAAUUGCAUUCAGAGUUUGUCGCACAUGAGACGGCAUGCUCUAGAAAAUGAGAGUGAAGAUUAGACGUGGUCAACAAUAUCCCAAUGUGGACUUAUCCUAGAGAUAUCUCUCCUACCGACCAUAUUUGCAAUGCUUGCUGGCAAUUAGCAAUGUAUCGGGAUGUUGCUGAAAGUAUGUCCAGCAAACAAAUUGGUCACUGGCAUUGUUCACUAUCAGGAAGUAAUGUAUUAUGUAAACAUGGACUAAGCCUCACUUUAACAUUGCCAUUUGUAGAACAGAUGAGGCCGGAUGAUGUUGUUCGGCUCUCAAAGCUUCAACAGGUUAUCCCACUCUCAUUAAUGUUCACAUUGAUGAUAGCUACAAAUAACUUGUGUCUGAAGUAUGUGGGAGUUCCAUUCUACUACAUUGGAAGAUCACUAACUACUGUAUUUAAUGUAGUAUUCAGUUGGGUACUACUUGGUCAAAGGACUUCCUACAGAUGCAUAUUCUGUUGUGGUCUUAUCAUAUUUGGAUUUUAUCUUGGAGUAGACCAGGAGAAUUUGUUAGGUUCAUUUUCUUUAAUAGGUACAGUAUAUGGAGUGAUCGGAUCUCUAAUGCUCUCUCUAUACUCAAUUUAUACCAAGAAGGUUUUACCCAGCGUAAACCAAGAAGUUUGGUUGCUAUCCUAUUAUAAUAACGCCUACUCCAUUUUCUUAUUCUUACCUCUUAUUGUAAUAAACGGAGAGGUCUCUGUGUUACUGAGUUACACCAAUUUUACUAGUGGAUAUUUCUGGAUACAAAUGGUCAUUGGUGGAUUGUGCGGUUUUGCUAUUGGAUACUUUACGUCGUUGCAGAUAAAGGUUACUUCUCCACUAACACACAACAUAUCAGGCACUGCUAAGGCUUGUGCCCAAACAGUCCUAGCGACCCAAUGGUACAAUGAAACCAAGAACGUUCUCUGGUGGACUUCCAACAUCAUAGUCCUAUUCAGCAGCGCCCUCUACGCCAGAUUCAAGCAACAAGAAAUGGAAGAAAAUUCCCGCAAACCGGUACCCGAAGAAAAACAGAGCUUAGUGCAUGCAGACGAGCUGUCUGAAAAUCUAAAAUCGCAAGACACAGUGAUUUUUGUUCCGAAUGACACAGUAGAACAAAACGGCCAAGGUUACAUUACAUUCAGCAUCUUACUAAGGUUUGAAACAGCAGAUAUAAACGAGCCAACACCCGAAGGCGACAGUGACAGUGAUGUGUCUCCGUUGCUCCUAAUCCUGGGCUACGGAGCUGGUGUCCAAGUCUGGCUGAUACCCCCUACUGGGGAGGCCCAGGAGGUGUUGUCAUGGCGACAAGGCACAGUAAAAAGCAUCAAAUUCAAGAACCCCAUUCUCGAUGUGUUGGCAAACAAGCGAUCAGUGGUGGUGUCGUUUUCCGAACGUUUUGCGAUAUUCGACGCUGCUACUCUAGAAGACCGAAUGGCCGUCACUACUUGUUACCCCUGCCCAUGUCCUUUGGGCGGCAGCUUGCCAAUCAACCCGUUGGCGCUUGGAGACCGCUGGUUAGCAUACGCUGAUAAGAAACUUAACCAGUCCAAGAGGAGCAGUGGGGGGUGUGAAGCCGAAGGUGUGACCAGCUACACAGCAACAGUGCUGCAUGCCGCAAAGUCUCUCAGCAAAGGCCUCCGUGGGCUUGGAGAGAGCGUGGCCCACAGUCUUGCUGGGGGGCGAAGCACCUCCCAAUCUCCAUCACCACCCAACACUGAUGUGCAGCAGCCUGGAGUAGUCACCAUAUUGGAUAUUGAGGGUAACGAGGAAGACGACGGCCAAGACAAUGAAGAGACAUUCGAUCCAAUCGUGGCUCACUUCAUAGCGCACUCGGAAGCAAUAAUAGCUCUGAAGUUUGACGCUAGUGGUAUGUUGUUGGUGACUGCGGACCGCCGCGGCCACGACUUCCAUGUGUUCAGGAUCAACCCGCACCCUUGUGGCUCCAGCCUGGCUUCCGUACACCAUCUCUACAUACUGCACAGGGGGGAUACUACGGCUAAAGUGCAGGACAUAGCAAUAUCCUGCGACAGUCGUUGGGCUGCAAUAUCGUCGCUCCGCGGCACUACGCACGUGUUCGCGAUCUCCCCGUAUGGGGGCGCCGUCGGCGUACGGACACAUACUCAGCCGCGCGUUGUCAAUCGACUGUCGCGAUUCCAUCGCUCGGCUGGGUUACCCAUACACGGAGUACCCGGGAAACGAGCUACGCCGAUCCUUAGCAUUAAAGUAAUAUCUCAUGGUCGGCGAUACACUGGCCCAAGGCGCGUGGUUCCCCAACCCCGCCUCCCCCCGUACCCCAUCCCCACGACACUAUCUCCCCUCGCGCAACUACGCCCCACUGCCAACAUACCCACGCACACCAUCACUAGGAAUAGCUCUGCCAUACCCAAGGAGAAGAUCUGCGACGACUCCGCGAUCGAGUUGGAGGUGGAGGCAGUGUCGCAGUGGCCGCUGCAGCGCCCGGCCGCCGCCGCCGACCUGUUGGCGCCACUCCCGCCCUCCAACCCACUACUGCAGCCGCAGACUUGCAGGUCGUUGUUAGCGGAAACUGGACGCGCGGCCUCAGUCUGUGACGUGCAGCUGAGAGAGGACUUAGCGGAGGCUAUGAAGGAGGACCAUGGGGCGGCGAGCGACUGCAGCCCCCCCGCGGCGCCCGGCCCGCGCCCGCGCUGCGUGGCGCGCGCCGUGGACCCGCUGGGCACCGUGGUGCAGCCGCCGCCCGCCUCGCCGCCCGCCGCCUGGCCCGAGCCCUUCGCCGCCUCCAACUGCGACGAGGCCACGUUCAGGCCCGUGCUGCGCGCGCCCGCGCCGCCCGAGGCGCGCCCCGAGGACGCGGCGCGCCCGCUGCCACUCACCACUACUAUCCCGGUGCAGACCGUGACGGAGCCCGCGCCCCCGUCCGCGCCCCCGCGCGGCCUGCCCACGUCCGUCGUCAUCCCCGCCGCCCUGCAAGACGACGACAUCAUUAGUUUUAAUUUAGAUAAGUGUAGUAUAAACGAGGAGGCGAUGCGAGAGAUGAGGGAUGCUAGACGGAGUGCGAGGAGCUUGGCGCCUGCCGAGCGAGCCUGCCAGGCGCCUCCCGACACACUGCCAAAACAGAGGCAGUCGGGUGAUAUUCAACCGGCCGCCCCACCUACAGUUAGGCGAUCUCCCACCCCAAAGUCGGAUACCGAUGUUAACUCUAGGGAUAAGAAAUCUAGUAGAAUUAGGGAAAGCCCUCGGUUGCGAGAUGAAGGCUCGAGGGCUUCUAGGUCUAGUGAGGUACGAGAGCGUAGGGAGUCUACUCCUAAAGUAGAAAGAGUUGCUAAGAUGGAGCCUGUUCAGAAAGAAUUUGUUCCAAAGGAGCAUGUUCCAAAAGAAUCCGUACCUAAGGUAACUGGUUCAAGGGAAUCUGUACCAAAAGAGAUUGUAGUGAAAGAAUCUGUGUCAAAGAAGAUAGCUUCCAGAGAGUCUGUUCCGAAAGAACUUCCAAAAGAUGUUAUUGCAAAAGAAUUAGUAACAAAAGACCCUGUCAUGAAAGAACAUCCCUUAAGGGAGUCGGAUACCAUUGCUUCCGUUGAUACUCGCGAGGAGUCAUCCUCAGCGAGCGUUACUUUAAAAUUAUCGUCUAAGAAAAAAUCUGAGUCAAGGUCUGUAAGAGAAAAAGAUGUGGAAGUCAUUAAAACUGAAGAACAAGCUUGGGAUAUGCUCUUGAACGAGCCGGAGAAACCAAUUGUGCCUAAUAAACCACCUGCCGAAGAAAAAAUUUCCGAGGAACCUAAACCAAAAUCUAAGAAAAAUCGAAAGGGUAAGAAGUCUCAGGAUGAUGCUCAAGUGAAGGAUGAAGAUACAUUUGUAGAGAUACAUACAAUCGAAGAUAAACCACAGCCUUCUAGCGGUGAUCUAGUUUCUAUAUCAACACCUUAUGAUGAUAUUGAACCCGUGUCUUUCUUAGCAAAAGCUAAAAAGUCACGGUCAACUAAAAGUGCUACUCCAGAGAGAAGACAUGACUUUGAUCCUAGAGCUAUUUGGGCACUCGACGACUCAGAAACUAGUAGCUUGCCUAAAAUACAAAAUGUCGAUGAUGAUGUCAACGAUGAAUGGUCUGAACCAAUUUCAAAAAACAAAUCUAGUGAUUCAGAGAUAGGAAUACUUAUAACAGACUCACUUAAAGUCACUGAAGGAACUGAGCAAACUGCCUCCCCUUUGAAAGAAUCCACACAAACCAAGAAAACUAAAUCUCCAUCCCCUUAUGCUGAUCGUAAAUCAACCGACAAACGCUAUGAAACAGAGGUUACAGAUGUUUAUGUGAUAGAUACCAUGAAGGAAGAUUUCCCCGAAAUUCAGAUAACUAAAGCCAGUAAGACCCGAAAGAAAUCACCUCAACCUGAGAAGGUGUCUUUGCAAGAUAAACUUAUUGAACUUUGCAAAAGGCCUGAUAUCAUGGUAGCCCAGUGCGAUGCUCCUGCAGAACUAAAUUUUGUUGAAGAACAUCAUUCAGUUCGGGACCUUCCACCGUUGGAACCUUUGGACUUCGGUUUAGAUGAUUUCAAGCUAGAGGUGAUGCGAGACAGUCUACUGGAAAUGAACGAAGGGGCAGUCUCGAGUCCUAUAUGCAAGAUAAACAUUGACAACAUAUUGUCGACCAUAAAAGAAACGACAAACAAGACUAUAGAAUCUAGUGCAUUCAACCUAAUCGAUUUGGAAAAGGUUCCGUUAAAGAAAGAGAAAGGCUUUAGUGUAGUUGAAAACGAUAAAAUAACAUCUCAUGAAGUGAAGAUUGACGAAGAUAAAUCUGACGACAAAGAUACAGGGGUAAUGGAGAAAUCUUCGGAUGAUGAUGUGUCAUCUCCCUUGGCGUCAUUGGACAGUGACAAAGAGGACAAGAAACCAACUGGUGCUUCUAAUGUAACCAUGCCUUCGACAAAGCAAUCGUCUAAGUCUAAAAAGUCGCUAACAACAACAGGCGGUCGAUACGAGACAGAACAAGAAGAGCUUAGUUCUAGCAGUUUUAGCUCAGCGUCACGCGCGUCCCUCGACCCGCCGUCUUCGCCGACCCCAAGCUGCGGCGGUGACAACCAGCUGCAUUUCCCAGGCGAUUCUAGCAGCUCCGUAUGAAGGAUUAAAGUUCAUAUUGGUAGUGUUAUUCAGUGAUGG